CUUCCUCUUCUCUGGUAUGGUACGACCUGAGAAGAAAACGCAAGAGAGGAGAACGAUAACCUUCGUCGCCGGGCGGAGAAUUCUCGCCGAGAAGACAAGAUCGGCCGGAUUUCUUGCCUCUUCAGAUGCUAUCAGAUGGAUCAUGGAAAGGGGAUUGAAGGAGGUAUGAAGGGUGGUCCGAAAGAAUCAUAUUGUUGGUCUGAGGAGAGGAUAAAGUUACUAAUAGAUAUUGCUAUAGAUUAUUCACGCAAAGGGUACAAGCUCAAUACUUCUUUCACGAAGGAUGGUUGGGCGCACAUAUUGAGAGACUACAACAAAAAGUGCGACAAGCAAAUAGCCAUGCAACAACUCAAGAAUAGAUGGAACGUUUUGAAAGCUAUGUGGGUUGCAUGGGUGGCUUUGAAAAACACUGGUUGGGGGUGGAACGCGGCUUUGGGGACUGUUGAUCCACCUAGUAAAGAACAUUGGAAUGCUUAUGUAAAGAAACAUGUUCACGGCAAACAUUUCAAGCAUGCCCCGUUGCAUAAUGAAGAAGAACUACGGGAGUUGUUCUAUGCUGUUGCAGCUGAUGGUGAAGGUGCAAUUUGCACCUAUGAAGAUCACCCACUGCUACCCUCACCAAAAGGGGUGACAGCUUCUAACAGUGCAGCAUUAAACUUGGAUGCCGAUGACUCAAAUGAUGAUGAUGAUGAUGAUGAUGAUGAUAUCUUGCCAGAUGAGGUUUUAAAUAUGAAGAAGAAAAAGAAGCAGAAAAGCAAGAGAUCUAUAGGGUCAUCAUCCAAGAGGUCAAAGAGUGUCGAUAAUGAUGAUGUUGGUGAAACACUUAAAAGAAUACUUGCUCUAGAAGAGCAGAGGAGAGCAAAGAUGAUUGGAGUUACGAAAGAUACUACUCUUAAGGAGGCAGUUCAGAUUCUUAAUUCAUUGGAGGGAAUUGAGCUUGGAAGUGACCACCACGUGUUAGCUUUGGAGGUGCUUGAGGACCGAAGCAAAAGAGAGAUGUUCAUUACAAUGCAUGAAUCGGCUCGCAUACCAUGGCUUCUUAGAGCAAUUCAAAGGAAAACUAGAGAGGAUCCUGGAUCUCUUAUUUGAUGUUCAUAAUUAACAUUCUUUUCACAUGUGGUUUGAACCAUGUUAGUUAGCUGUCAUCAUAGAUUUAAGGCUGAGGUGAUAAAAGGAUGAUUUUUCCUUUUAGUACUCAUUGGGUCACCAGUAAUCAGUGAUCACACAUGAGGAAAAAUGGCAUAUAAGAGGGCAAUUUUAUGACAAUGUAUGGGGAGGGAAUUAUUAUUACAAGACCUGCUUGGAUAGACCUCUCAAGUUGGGUGGAUGAGCUAGUUGGGUCCCUCCACUCCCUUGUAGGGGACACAGUAGUUUACGUUUUUUUUUUUUUUCCUUGCAAUGCUAGGACCCUGGGGUCAGCUAUGUAGAGACACCAAUGCAUUUUUACAACAAAUGGAUUCCCCUCAGUGCCUCCUUUUUUACGGAGCUUUAGAUUC